GCUAUCAGAGUCUUGAAGUCCCUAAGCGAGAAUGAUAUUGGGCUGAUCAAGGCAGAGAGUAGCGGGUCCAUGUUGGUUGGGGUUUCAUGAGCCUGGAAGUUGGCAUCGCGGAAACUGCAGUCUAACAAAUCGACGGCCACAAGAGCAUGCGCUCGCGGAGAACUUCAGUGGGAUGCCAAUGAAAAGCCAGUCAGUGUCUACUCUGUGUCUCUCUUCGAUUGACAGCAGCGAUCCUCCACCGUUUACAGCUCGUGACCUUAUGGUGCGUGUCUGGAAUGACAGAUUGGCACUCGUGCCGCUCAAAGGCGGACUCGUUCAUCCUGCUGUGCUUCACAACAAGCAAUACCGUCCUUAUGAUGGGUGUGACCAUAUAUAUCAUGCUAGAGCAUGUGUCUUAGGGUUCAUACCGGAAAGAUCGUACAUGAACCGCGCAGGGUCCACAUAUCAUGCAUGUCAUUUCCAGAACUCCUCCGAUGUGACCAUAUCACCUUCUGAUGCCGUUGAUGCGCAUACCCUAUACUUCUCCUCUACCGAGUCCAACAAUCAUCCCGGCGUCGGCGUCCAGUGUUGAAGGCGCACUCGUAGCGCUCACGAACUUCCUUACCGCACCAACAACUUCCGCUGGUCGAACCGUCAUCUUGUCUGGCGCAGGCAUAUCCGUUGCCUCUGGGCUUGCCGACUACCGCGGCAGCAAUGGCACAUAUACGCUGAACAAAACAUACCGACCGAUUUAUUAUCACGAGUUCUGCGCCAACCAUGAGGCGAGGAAGAGAUACUGGGCGCGGAGCUACUUGGGUUGGACGAACUUGCACCGAAGCCGUCCGAAUAAGGCGCAUGAGGCAGUAGGCAGACUAGGAGAGCUUGGUUUGCUCUCAAGUGUAAUCACACAGAAUGUAGACUCUUUCCAUCCGAUUGCGCAUUCGCGCCUCAGGACGCUGGAGUUACAUGGUUAUCUACGGAGCACAGUAUGUCUGAGCUGCAGGACAGAAUACAAUCGUGCGAGUUUUCAGCAAGACCUUGCGCUGCUGAAUCCGGCUUGGGCGGUGUUUCUGGCAGAGAUGCUGGCGUCGGGCGCCUUGACUACAGAGAAUCCUGAGGAGCGCAGACGGAAAGGCUUGAAGACGAACCCGGACGGCGACGUGGACGUGCCGGGAGUCGAGUACGGAACCUUCAGGUAUCCGGCAUGUCCCGUGUGUCUGGCGAACCCGCCGGAUGGUACGCGAGUGGAGCAAGACGCGGAUGGUGCUUGGCUCCCUUCCUCAACCGCGGGCAUCCUCAAGCCCGCCGUUAUCAUGUUUGGUGAGUCCAUACCGAAUUCGGUGAAGCUGGCUGUUGAGUCAGCAGUCGAUGAGGCGGCGAGAAUACUGGUGUUAGGCUCUUCGCUUGCAACGUACUCCGCUUGGCGUUUGGUGAAGCGGGCGCAGGAGCAGAAGAAGCCAAUUGGCGUGGUCAACCUUGGUGGUGUCCGUGGUGAGGAGCAAUUCUUUGCAAACAUUGCGACGAGCGGCUCUGGCAGAGAUGGUGUGCGCUGCAGUCUCCCGCUCGAAGAGAUGCUGCCGAUGCUUGUAGAGCGCUUGAGCCAGCCAAUAACGCCGCCAUCGCUUUCGAGCCAAGUCUUUCAACCUGCGCCGUGGCGUUGAAUGGAUCCCGUUAAUGACGACUUACAGAAGCAAUGCAUCUCCUCACGUGCAUGUGAUGCGAAGUUGCCUCUCUCGGGAUGGCCGAUUGCGGCCUCUGGUGCUCGAGAGAAGCGUUCGAAGCUAGGCUUGCGAGAAGCACUAGGCGUCAGUCACCGUUUCCGGUCCGGCUACGAGUAACCCAGUCCUACUGUCUGUAUCUACCUUGAAAGGAGCUUUAGUGGUUACUAGGCUGGCAGUCCGAGUGUGGUCAACGGAGCGUUUGUCGAACAGUAUGCUGGCUGGGUGGGUUGAGUGGAAGCAUCGCUGAAACAGAACAGAUACAGCACGGGAGCCUCAGUAGGAUGGAAAGGGUUGUCCGCUAACUACCAUGUUUGAUAAGGUGUGCUGGCUGGCUUGCUGAAAGUCUCUAGCCAAGUAUAUGUAGCUAAACCGAAGUGUCGCCACAUCGAAUUCUCGUGUUUAUGAACGUA